CCAUAAAUUUAUGACUGUCAUAGGCAAAAUGCAUUUUAUAUAUUAACUCAAAGACAGUGAAAGGCUUUAAACAACAACCCUGAUAUUGUCCUCAUGUACACAGUCUGUCUGUCCCAGACACACACAGAGAGAAUCUGAAAGCACUGGCAAAGCAGGACAACGGAUUUGUUGGAUGACAUGGGGUGCAUCAGGGAUGUAUGUUUAGUCCUCUUGGCCUGUACAUUUACAUCCAGAGCAGACAAAUACAAGGAGCAAGCACUGAGGCUGAUGUCUGAGACGCCACUGAUAGAUGGACACAAUGAUUUGCCAUGGCAAUUGAGGAAACAGUUUAACAAUCAGCUAAACAGCGUGGACCUGUACAAACUCAGUUCCACGCACACCAACAUCCCGAAAAUCAAACAGGGACACUUAGCAGCACAGUUCUGGGCUGCGUAUGUCCCGUGUGACACUCAGUAUAAAGAUGCGGUUAGACAGACCUUGGAGCAGAUUGAUAUUAUCCACAGAAUGUGCAACAAAUACCCAGAGGAGUUCAUGUUUGCAGCCAGCAGUCAAGAUAUAUUGGAUGCCUUUGCCCAAAAUAAGACUGCAAGCCUGAUAGGGGUGGAAGGAGGUCACUCCAUAGACAGCAGCAUGGGAACAUUGCGCACCAUGUAUCAGUUAGGAGUCCGUUAUCUGACUCUCACACACAGCUGCAACACACCCUGGGCGGAUAACUGGCAGGUGGAUACAGGCGUACAUCCUGUGGAGCACAAUGGCCUGAGUGACUUUGGCAAGCAACUGAUUAGUGAAAUGAACCGCAUAGGCAUGCUGGUGGACCUGGCUCAUGUGUCGGAAGAGGUCAUGAACCAAGUGCUGGAGAUCUCCAAAGCCCCCAUCAUCUUCAGCCACUCUUCUGCUUAUAGCAUCUGUAAUCACAAGAGAAACGUCCCAGAUUACAUCCUUGAGAAAGUGAAAGCCAAAAAUGGGAUUGUAAUGGUAAAUUUCUACAAUGACUACGUCACUUGUAGCCCAGAGGCAAAUCUCUCGCACGUGGCAGAUCACUUUGACCACAUCAAGAAAGUGGCUGGUUCCAGCAUAGUGGGUUUUGGUGGUGAUUAUGAUGGUGUGACCAGGUUACCAACUGGUCUGGAGGAUGUUUCCAAGUAUCCUGACCUAGUAGUAGAACUGCUGAGACGUGGCUGGACAGAUGAUGAGGUCAAAGAUGCUCUUGGAAGGAACCUGAUUAGAGUGUUUAAAGCUGUUGAAAUGGUACGAGACAGCCUGAACAGAACGGCUCCUGAUGACGUCCCCAUCCCUCUGGAGCAAGUCCGGAACCCCUGCAGGACAGAUUAUGGCUAUCCUGCUCAGCCCAACGCUGCAGCUAUGCCAUCUCACAGCUCAUUGAUGUUAUUAUUAACACUGAUCUUGUACUCACUGAGUGCCAAGUUUGUAUAAUUGUACACUUACAGCAUUCAUGUAAGUCCAGAAAGUUCACUUACCAAUAUGUAACCCUGCAGAACCUGUUUCUGGUUAAUUAAAGGUGCACUAGUCAAUUAAAAAAAAA